CUAACCCUAACCCUAACCCUAACCCUAACCCUAACCCUAACCCUAACGGUAACCCUAACCCUAACCCUAACCCUAACCCUAACCCUAACCCUAACCCUAACCCUAACCCUAACCCUAACCCUAACCCUAACCCUAACCCUAACCCUAACCCUAACCCUAACCCUAACCCUAACCCUAACCCUAACCCUAACCCUAACCCUAACCCUAACCCUAACCCUAACCCUAACCCUAACCCUAACCCUAACCCUAACCCUAACCCUAACCCUAACCCUAACCCUAACCCUAACCCUAACCCUAACCCUAACCCUAACCCUAACCCUAACCCUAACCCUAACCCUAACCCUAACCCUAACCCUAACCCUAACCCUAACCCUAACCCUAACCCUAACCCUAACCCUAACCCUAACCCUAACCCUAACCCUAACCCUAACCCUAACCCUAACCCUAACCCUAACCCUAACCCUAACCCUAACCCUAACCCUAACCCUAACCCUUCUCCUCUUUUCCUCUUUUCCUCUCCACCUCACCUUCAUUUCUCUCCCACUUCCCCCCCUCUCCCUUCUCUUCCACCCCCAUCAUCCCUCCCAACCUCUUCCCCUCCUUCUUUUUUCCUUCUCUAAUUUUUUCCUUCUCUAA